AAAAAUAGAAAAGGAAUAUUGCAGAUCUGGCAGAAGAAAUAGUCAUAACCAGUUCAGGUUGUUUCUGACUCUCUCUUCUCAUAAAAUAAAAAAAUCAUAUUCAUAUAUCUUACUCAAUUUUCACCAUUUUCAUUCUCUCGUUCACGACCAAUCAUGUCUUCUGUCUUAGAGCACUUGUUGGAUGUGGAAGAACAUCAGCAACAACAACAUGUAGACUUCACCAAACCCAAAUUCCAGAUAAAAAAUCUAACAAAAGAUUCCGAUGAUGGAAAAAUUCAUAUACUCAAAGGCAUCACCGUUGAUAUUCCAAAGGGUGUGAUCGUUGGGAUCAUUGGCCCUAGUGGUAGCGGCAAGUCAACUCUCUUAAGGGCUUUGAAUCGCCUCUGGGAGCCACCUUCCUCCUCCGUCUUCCUCGACGGUCAAGAUAUCUGCCAUAUCGACGUUCUUUCCCUCCGCCGUAAGGUCGCCAUGCUGUUUCAGCUUCCUGCUCUCUUUGAAGGGACAGUUGCGGACAACGUGAGAUAUGGUCCACAACUGAGAGGAGUAAAGCUAACAGACGAUGAGGUGGGGAGGUUGCUGACAAUGGCGGAUCUGGAUGCUUCUUUCAUGGAUAAAUCUGGUGCUGAUCUCUCUGUAGGUCAGGCUCAAAGAGUGGCACUUGCAAGAACUCUAGCUAACUCACCGGAGGUUUUGCUGUUGGAUGAGCCUACUAGUGCAUUAGAUCCAAUAUCGACAGAAAACAUAGAAGAUGCUUUGAUGAAGUUGAACAAGAACAAAGGCAUGACAUUGAUAAUGGUUUCUCAUAGCAUCAAACAAAUUCAAAGAAUGGCUGAUGUAGUGUGUUUGGUUGUUGAUGGUGAAAUUGUUGAAGUUCUUAAGCCUGAUCAAUUAUCUCAAGCUAAGCAUCCAAUGGCAAGAAGGUUUCUUGAACUAAGUUCUUAGAUAACACAUGUGAUGUCCCUAUCUAAGUCUCUAUUCUUGUUGUGUGACCACUUUUUGGGUAUAGUGGAUGUCCAUUUUGAAGACAAUGAUUCUUAAAGCCCAUAUGUUCCACUUGCUGCAUUAUCACAGAAUUAUUCAACUUUUAUGAUUUA